GCGUAAUCACAGGCGUACAAGUUAUCUCCCCAUUCAUCGCAUCCAUUCCUCAUUUUAAUUGAUUAGGGUUUUCAAUUUCACUCCUCGCUGUCUUUUGGUCUUUAGAAAAAGAUUUCAGGGUUUUAUAUAUUCUCUCUGUAUAUCUCUGUUCCUCCUUGAUAGGGGGUUAGAUUUUUAGGGCUCAAGCCCUAAAUCUUACCCCUUAGUUUGUUCUUCUAUUUGUCGAUUUAUCUAUAUACAUAUAUAAAAUGUGUGUGUAUAUAUACAUAUAUUUUUAGCAAUUAGAUUACUCUCAUUAAUCCAUUGAUUCUAUAGAUAUCGUGAUGAGUUUAAUUGGAAAACAAAGUGGUGGAGGCAUGCAUCUGAAUCCAAAUUCGGGGAUGAACUUGGUGGUGGGAUGUGGGUUUCGGUUCCGAUCGGCAAUUGAUUCGUAUUCGGUUGCCUGCGAGGCAUUCUCUGAACAGCUUCUCGUUUGAUUCCGUAAUGGAGUCAAGUUCCGAACGGCUUUGUUAGGUCUUAUAGUUAUUCGCUUCUUCUGUCCUUUUUUUUAAUCUCUAUUUCGGAUCGAAAUUGUUUUUGUUGUUGUUAUGAAUUCCAAAGCAGGUUUGAUGUUGCCCAAGAAUGAAUCGUUUGGGAAGGCAAAAUCAAAUUUAGAACCUGAUGUAGCUGAGGUUGAAAAAUCCCCCAACGGUCGAUACAUUCGGUGUAAUGAAACUUUGGGGAGAGGAGCAUUCAAGAUUGUAUACAAGGGGUUUGAUGAAGUUGAUGGAAUAGAAAUUGCUUGGAACCAAGUGAGUGUCGACGAUGCAUUACAGUCACCUGAGCAUCUGGAAAGGUUAUAUUCAGAGGUUCACUUGCUGAAGUCCUUGAAACAUGAAAAUAUCAUAAAGUCCUAUAGCUCUUGGGUGGAUGAUGAGAACAAAACUAUCAACAUGAUUACUGAGUUAUUCACCUCAGGGAGCUUGAGACAAUACCGUAAGAAGCAUAAGAACGUUGAUAUGAAGGCCAUAAAGAACUGGGCUAGGCAGAUCCUCCGAGGUUUACACUAUCUCCACAGUCACAACCCUCCUAUCAUUCAUAGGGAUUUAAAAUGUGAUAACAUUUUUGUUAAUGGAAAUAAUGGAGAAGUUAAAAUUGGAGAUCUAGGGCUGGCGACUAUCAUGCAGAAGCCUACUGCUAGAAGUGUUAUUGGUACUCCUGAAUUCAUGGCUCCAGAACUUUACGAAGAGGAAUACAAUGAGCUCAUUGACAUAUAUUCAUUUGGCAUGUGCAUGUUAGAGUUGGUUACUUGUGAAUACCCAUAUAGUGAAUGCAAAAAUCAAGCACAAAUAUAUAAGAAGGUUUCAUCUGGUAUAAGGCCAGCUGCACUUGGUAGGGUUAAUGACCCCCAAGUAAAGCAGUUUAUAGAGAAGUGCCUGGGUCCAGCAUCUCAGAGGUUGCCUGCAUGGGAGCUCUUGAAAGAUCCUUUCAUUUCAUCUGAAAAUUUGAAGGGCCCCAUACGUGAUCCUCUGCAGAUGCCCAAUUUUGUGCACAAACCAGUAGACGUGCCCAACUCUGAUUCUUCUUUCAUGGAUAUAGACCCGAACUACAAUAAGCUUUCAGUUGGCACGUUUACGGGAAGUAUCAUUGAAACUCCUCCUAUUUCAUCCAUAGAGUUUCAGAGGUCCAAUAAGAAUAAUGAAUUCAGAUUAAGGGGUGAGAAAAACGAUGAUAACUCAAUUUCACUAAUCUUGCGCAUUGCUGACUUGAUUGGUCGAGUGAGGAAUGUCCAUUUUAUGUUUUAUCUUGAUUCUGAUACUGCACUUACAAUUGCCAGUGAGAUGGUUGAACAACUCGAAUUGUCAAAUGAAGAUGUUGCUUUAAUAGCUGAGUUAAUCGACAGCAUGAUCAUUGUAUUUUUUCCCAACUGGAAACCUUCAUUUGGUAAUUCUAAUGGAGUAAAAAGUUAUAAUGAGGAUUCUCGUUUAAUUCAGAAUGAUCAGAACCCACUGAGGUGUUCUCUGGAAUCUGGAUCAGUUUGUGGCAUGGCCGUUGUUGAGCAGCAUGUUCUCUCUGAGUUUGAUAAAAUGGAAAAUCAUGAUGGUGAAGAGUCAGCUGGUUCAGAAAUAUCAGCCAAAGAGAAGGCCGCAUCUGCAUUGGAUGCUGAUCAUGACGAUGCUUUAAGAUCUACUGGUUACGUAACGUGUGAAAGCAACAAGGGUUCGAAUGAGUAUGGUUCUGGAAGAUCCGAAGGCAGUGUUGGUGGGUCUAUCAUAAUGAGUGAGAUGACGAAGAACUCAGAUAUCUCCUUUGUUGAUUCGUGCAGUGCAAUAUCCAAUGAUUUGAGCUUGUUGAGCAUGUCUUCUCAAUUUCCAACAGACAAGGAUGAGUGCAAAGAGUUGAAAUUUGAGCUUGGUGCCAUUGAUUCACAAUAUCACGAAUGUUUUCGCCAACUCAUAAGGAUGAGGGAGGAGGCAAUAGAAAACGCCAGAAAGAAAUGGAUCAUGAAGAAAAAAGACAUCCAUUAUUUGAUGUAGAUAGAUUUUCUUUUGCUGCAAAAUGUGUUUAUACUCUUAUUCGAUUGCUGCCCUUUUCCUUGACCCAUUAUUUUGACUGAAGAGUAAGUCAUUUCAUUAUUAAGAACUCGUUUCGCUUGGAUAUUGUUUAAAUACCAUUUGGUUUUUAUAUGUUUCCAGUGAAAGUCUGUUUCAUGAUUCCA